AUGGCUAGAAUAGUAGGGUAUUGUAUUGAUGAUGUCAUUCAUGACAGAAUAAUGAACCCUGGGAGAGUUGUUCCCAAGAGUUCACUGUCUUUUCAACUCGACGUGCCAAUGUUUUUAAGGAAAUUGCGUGUGUAUUUUCCUUCCCAACCACUGGAUGUCAAAACCAAGUUUUACAACUCAGACAAGGAUGACUUGUUUCUUGAAGUCAAGAUUGAAAACAUUUCAUCUUCAACAGUGUUUAUACGAGAAGUUUCCUUGGAGCUACCUGAAAUGUACACCGAAGAAGCAUUAAACACUCUCAAUAUGGAUGGAGAAGAUGAGUGUACAUUUGGAACCAGGACAUUUUUGCAGGCAGCAGAAGGACGCCACUACUUAUACCACCUGCGGGUCAAGGAGGAAUAUUUAGAGAAAGCAAGAACCCUUAGUGGGCCAACAGAAAUGGGGAAGGUAGAGAUCCUGUGGAAAAAGGAACUUGGAGGAAUUGCAAUGCUACACACAGUCCCGCUUCAAAGAGAAGCUUCAAGUUGUGGAGAACUGCAGCUGUCUUUGGAGACAAUUCCAGAUACUGUAGCCCGAGAAGAACCUUUUCAAAUUACCUGCAAGAUAACCAAUUGCACUGAAAAGAAAAUGAAACUGCUCUUGAAAAUGUCUGAUACGACUUCUAUCCGUUGGUGUGGUUGUUCAAGAAGAAACCUUGGUAACUUGCUGCCAGGUUCAUCUCUCUCAUUUACCCUGACACUACUGUGCUUAAAGCUAGGCCUGAGGAAAAUCUCUGGCAUACGGAUAAUAAACACAACAACGAAGACCAAAUAUCGUUAUGAUGGUGUUACAACUGUCUGCGUAGUGCCUUCCAUGGUUAAAAUGCAAAGCUAA